GGAAAGCCGGGAUACAUUUCUUUAUCAUUGUCCACUACUUUAUUCUACUUAAAUCCUUUGUGGUCCCACUUGAGAUACUGUUGACAAUGUGUCGUUCCAUCCUGGUGCUUGUGACUUUUAUAAAACUGUCUCCGUUCCGUCGUACCAUAUUUGUUUUCACUGUAGUUAUUGUUAAUCCGUUUGUGUUCGGACGAGUUUGAGCUCCGGUGCCCUUUCCAGGACAGAUGUUGACCGCAUCGUUACGACCUUGACUGUGACUCACCAUCACAUGCUCUCCGGCACAACUCGUCUACCGAUCAACUGUUUUGUUUUUGUCUGACGCGCAAACAGAGACGCGCUACUGGUGAUGGGAACUCUUUAGGACUCUUUGGCGCAUGAAGGAUUCUCAUGUUUCAUUUCAUCCAAAGCACGCAGCUGCUGGUGGCUCUUACUGACAGAAAGGACGCGGGACACAACUUGUCAUUAAGUUUUUUUGUGUAAAUAUAUUUUAAAAAUAUAUUUUUGGAUGACAGAUGUUUGUCCUUUGUUUUUCUGCUGCAUCUGUUUCGAUUGGAAUACAUUUUCGCAUUAAUUUCGGUAGGUGAUGUGUAACUCACAAAUAUCCAGCAUGUAAUUUGUUUUGUUCCCAACACGUCUACUCUUCUUUUGAACAAGUACUUUCAGCACAAAACAUUGUUGGACCACUUUGGAGUGCGUGUUGCACAUGAAGUGGAUGAUUCGGAUCGACCUACAAUAGCCUCCUGUUUGUGUAAGCCUCUGGAGAGGAUCGACUCUCUGCUCCCUGAGGAAUCUCAGAAGUUCCGUGUCCGCUCAGAACUGUGACUCGUUUUCACCUUGACUGUAAACAGGAUUUUACGAAAGAUGCAAAGCGGAUCUUGAUUUUACGCACGGCUGCCAACCUUUCACGUAUCAUCUCCGCAGCCGAUGAUGGGAGAAAGGGGCAGCGCCAAGGGCCGUGAGAAGUCCCAGACCUGGGGUGCCUAGCAGCGAGGGCCAGGCGCGGCCCCUUGAAUAACCGCGCGACGACAGCAUGCCCUCUUGGCCCAAUCUCUCGGAGUGCCUCUCCGAUAACUGUAGCUGGGAGGAGACCCACAACGCCACGGGGAUCGCUGACUUUGGCCUGCCUCCUCUCAAUUACUACUCUAUCCCUCUCCUCACGGUCAUCACCGUCGCCUGUACUAUGCUGUUUCCAGUCGGGGUGACCGGGAAUGUCAUGACCAUUUUGGUGGUCAGUAAGUACCGGGACAUGCGCACUACUACCAACCUGUACCUGUGUAGCAUGGCCGUAUCAGACCUGCUCAUCUUCCUCUGUAUGCCAUUGGACCUCUACCGGAUGUGGAGGUACAGGCCCUGGCGGUUAGGGGCCGUGCUCUGUAAGCUCUUUCAGUUCGUGUCAGAGUCAUCCACCUACUCCACCAUUCUGAGCAUCACCGCGCUGUCAGUGGAGCGCUACCUGGCGAUCUGCUUCCCGCUGCGUGCCAAGGCCCUGGUUACCAAAAGGCGGGUGCGUGCUCUCAUUCUUAUGCUGUGGACAGUGUCGCUAUUCAGCGCUGGACCCGUGUUUGUCAUGGUGGGAGUGGAGCGUGACAGCAUGUGGCCAAAUUUCAGUUUGGGAAUCAAUGAGACUGACUUUUCCCUGGAGGACACUCGGGAGUGUAAGAUGACGCACUACGCAGUGGAGUCGGGCCUGAUGGGUGCCAUGGUGUGGUUGAACUCUGUUUUCUUCUUCAUUCCGGUCUUCUGCCUCACAGUGGUCUACAGCCUCAUAGGCCGCCGGUUGUGGCAGAGAAAUAGAGAGACAAGCAUCAGCUCCCGUGUGUCUCACCGGGACAAAAGCAACAGGCAGACCAUCAAGAUGCUUGUGGUGGUGGUGCUGGCCUUCGUGCUGUGCUGGUUACCGUUCCAUGUGGGUCGCUACGUGCACUUUCGCUCUCUGGACGCCCCGUCCCCGCUGCUGUCUGUGUUGUCCGAAUACUGCAAUUUGGUGUCUGUGGUUCUCUUCUACCUGAGUGCCGCCAUCAACCCCAUCCUAUAUAACACCAUGUCCUGGAAAUACCGGGGCGCAGCUGCGCGCCUCUUCGGCCUGGCCGACAGUCAGCCGCCACGAGGCCGUACAGCCAGCAGCAUGAAGGGAGACGGCUCGAACGGCUGGACGGAAUCCACAGUCAGCUUCUAAAUGUGUGACUGUCAAAGUGUCUGGAUAUGAUUUGAAAAAACUACCAGUCAUAAAUUGAUAACACGGAGUCAUUAUUUCUGUCAGGCCGAAGUAAAACUUCUCUGAUCAUGUGAGCGCCCCUUGGACUAAAAAAAAAAAACAGUAAGAGAAAAGCGCGAGCCACAAAAAGCUUACAAUCCUCUGUCCACUUUGUCUACAUGCAUCAAUAGAACUUAAAUUUUUGUCAAACAGUUCAUUUUCUUGUUGGAUUAUUUCAGCAAGUGCCCGCUCGUUCAACAACACACUCAUCAGCGUUUCAAAAGCAUGACUGGUGGAGUGCUAAAUACACAGCCUGAUGAUCUUAUAUUGAUCCAAAUGUGAAUAACACGUGGGCGCGCGUGCCCGUAUACACGCACACAUAUAAUAGACUACAAUUGCCUUAUAUUGUAUUCAUACUCUGGAUGACAAAGAAACCACUGUAGAACUUGUGGCACUGCUCUGUACUCCUUCACAGAGGGGCAGCAGUGCAGUGACUGUGUGUGUGCGAGUAGGUGUGUGUGUGUGUGUGUGUCUGAAAGAGAGAGAGUAUUUGCAUGUGUGGGUUGUAUGCCAGCUGUCAUGUUUUUGAUGUGAUUAUCUGUAAAUUGUUAGAGAGAGCAGAUUUCACUUUUAUUCAUUUUUGACCUGCUGAAUGCCCAGCAUCUUGUAAAUGCAAGUCCAAGAUGUGUUGAUGCUGCCAAGAAGAGCCAAUGGUGUUUGGUUAGAGUCCCUGAAAUGAAGACAGUUGAUGUUCCUGUAGCUUUGUGCUGCACAGAAGUGCAGAGUUUGGUUCAUGGGAGCCACAAAGCAAGUAGAUUUGUUUGUGAAUUUACAGAAUGCAUAAUUAUGUCUACAUUUUUUGUAAUUAUACCGCAUUAUUGUUAAAUGAUCAACAUCAUUCAAGCCGCAGGUACUUGCUACUUGCAAGAGGAGUGUUUGAUAAGGUGUCAUUCAAUUAAGUAUCAGUUUGGUGCAUUAGAUAAAGAAAACUGAUUGGCGAGACUGUAAAAAAAAAUCAUUGAAGUGGCCAUAAAUGCCUCAGCUUUCUCGAAUCUUGUGAACUUUGCACCAUUGAGAGGUUGUUAAUUUCAGCCAUCUCAGGUGUGCUGAUGUCAGUUAACUUCGUACCACAUACAGCACAGGGCCUUUUCUGUUGAUUACAGCUGUGUGGGUACAGGAUCCAAUCAUUCAACACAUGUAGCACAUUUGUCUGAUUUGACAACUUUUCUUAUGCUUCUUGAAUCAACGUGCACCCUGGCAAGUGAUGAAAACCGUAGUUUAAGUAACUUUUUCAUUUUUCCCCACUCACACCUUCAUACAAGUUCAAUAGCAGUCAGCCUAAUGUAUUAGCUGUCCUGUGGAGUCUUCUGUGGCAUGAAAGUGUUCAGUGUGGUUAAAUCAAAAAGGCUCUAUGUAAUGUAUGUCUCACUCGUCUUGUUUCUUGAUUUGCCAAAAGUUAGAUUUUAAAUUGCUUCAAAUAAAAAGAUUGCAUGGGUGCCCAGUGGAAAUUAUUUUCAUGGGUGACUUUACCGUGCAUGAUGGUGUGUAAACCAAAAUAGAACCACUCAAAUAUGCCAAAGGUGCCAACCUAUACAACACUAUUCUACAAGAAUAUCUUUUUUAAAUAUGUUUUAGAUGGAAAAGUCAUUUAAUUUUGUAAAGUGUAUCAUGCACCCUUUUAGACACAGAGGAUGAGUGAACCGUGUAGAAGUGAUGAUAUUGUGCUUGCUUUAACUUGUAAAUAGAUGCUUUGUAAUGCUUUACACUCAGAUGGUUUUAGCAGUCCAAAUCACCGCAGCAGCCUCCACUAAUCUGCACUGGAUUUCAAAACAUGGCGUCCGGGCUCUGAAGAAUGUAUCUCUGGUAAAAAAAAAAAAAUCAAUCUGACUGUACAUACUGAUGUCAUGACAAACUAUUUAUUAAUCUACAGGAUGUAUAUUGAUUCAUAUUUUCCUUUUUUGAAGAUGUCUGUAAACAUCUACUGGGUGAUGUAUCUGUCGAUGAUGAAGUCUUGUUGAAGUA